AAUAAAGUCAGGUACAAUGCUAGCUUCUUUAGUUACCAAGGCUGACUUGAUAAUAUGGGACGAGGCACCCAUGGCCCAUCGCCAUGCCUUUGAGGCUGUAGAUCGAACAAUCAGAGACCUGAUGGCUUUAGAAGAUGAUUCAGCACUUAACAAACCAUUUGGAGGGAAAACAGUUUUACUUGGGGGAGACUUCAGACAGAUAUUACCUGUUGUUCCCCAAGGAAGCCGCCAAGACACCGUCCAAGCUGCUAUUAAUCGUUCUCAUCUAUGGCCUGCAUGUCAAAUAUUCAAUUUGUCUAAAAACCUCAGACUUGACCAAUCAGACGCAGAAUUUGCAGCAUGGAUUUUAACAGUAGGGGAUGGAACCUCAAUGUCAGCAAGCACUACCCCUGAUGAAGAUGGAGGAGGUCGCAGAAUAGCAAUAAACCAAUCUCUAAUUCUACCAAACAAAGGGAACCAUCUAGAAGAGAUUACAACAGCUGCGUAUCCAAGGUUCCCUGAGAGCUACAAGAAACGACAGUACCUAACCGAAAGGGCUAUUCUCACUCCUCGCAAUGAGACUGUACUCGAAAUAAAUGAUUAUCAACUAUCAAAAGUUGCAGGUGACAUUACAGAGUAUUUAAGCUCAGAUUCAAUUCAAACAGAGCUGGCACCAGGAGGCGACUGGAACAACUUAUACACAGUUGAAUAUUUAAACUCACUCGAGUUUCCAGGCCUACCAAACCACAAGAUAAGGUUGAAAGAAGGUGUACCUGUAAUGCUCCUCCGAAAUCUAAACCAGAAGAAAGGGUUAUGCAAUGGUACGCGGCUUCUUAUCACGCGACUUGGGCAAAGGAUAAUCGAGGCAGAAAUUCUCACGGGCACCCAUGUUGGUGAAAAAGUCCUCAUCCCAAAAAUUGUUUUGUCUCCUAAUGACAGCAAGCAUCCUUUCACCCUAAGAAGAAAGCAAUUUCCAAUUAGGGUGUGCUAUGCUAUGACCAUCAAUAAAAGUCAAGGACAAAGUUUGAAUCAAGUUGCUCUCUAUUUACCACAUUCAGUCUUCACUCACAGGCAGUUGUAUGUAGCUCUAUCUCGUGUAACUUCGAACUCAGGUUUGAAAAUCCUAGACGCUACCGCAGACAAACAUGGUACUGGAGGGGUCAUGAAUAUUGUCUACAAAGAAGUAUUCACCAACAUUACAACUUAAAGAGGUAAAAGAAGAGGACAGAACUCAUUGGCUAAUUCGCCUCUAUUCCAACCCCCAAAUUGCAGCAAAAGCAAUUACGUACACUUUUUAAAAACUCCAGAGAAAUGAACAUUUUCAAAUACAAGACUUGCUUAAUCUAAAUUCGUUAACGUUCCUUUUAAAUUAUCACAUAUGUAUUAUACAUCUUUAUAACGAACCAUUAUUUGACAAAUGAUGAGACUACUAACUUCUA